AUGUCCCGCUCAAUGCGGAGCUUGAAUCAUCAGGAGCUUAGCCCGGCUGCUGAGAUGGAUAGCAAGAUGCGGAAUCCUCAGCGUCGCCGAGUGCCAGUUGCUUGUGGUCGAUGCCGACGGCGAAAGAUCAAAUGCAGCGGAGAUGCUGGCGAUGGCCAGGGCUGCUCAAACUGUUGCAGUGCUGGCAACACAGACUGCCAGUUCCUACGAGUCAACUCCAACUCCUUGAAGCUGACCCCUACGGCUAACGGCUGGCCGUAUCCUAAUCCAGGAGCGGCGGCUGUACCUUCUCCUCGACUGGGCAUGUAUACAACUACCACAGCAGGCAAGCCCACACUGCUCUCUAUGGGGUUACCUCAAGUUCGUAUCCCUGCCUUCCAGCGACCAUCCGACUAUGACCUUGGCCCCGCCGAUGGAUCGGUCUUCCCUGAGCGCGCAGCCGUGACCGUUGAGUCUAUGCAUUACGAGGACGGCCAUUCUGCAGGCUACAGCCAAUCCCCCGCAUACAUGCAUCCCAACGCCCCAGCUGGAGCUCUCUUUGACUAUGGAGGAUCUCCCUGGAGCCCUAAGAUCUGGGACUCAGUGCUGGGUAUGAGUAGGCCCACCAAUGGGUCACUCUACCCCGAUCCAGGGGCCAACAACUCUAUAGCCCAAUCCCCCUUCUCCUACAUGCUUCCAAGCCAGGGUCUAUCAUCUACAGAAGAUCCACAAUCAACAACAGUGGCAAUGGCGAGUAUCUCAUCGGGCGAUAUCCCAGGCUCGGAUCGAACUCUUCCAACACCAACCUGCCGCAGCACAUUAGCAGGACUAGUCUUCGCGCCGACAGAACCAGCAUCUAGCUUGUCCCUUCCAAUGGAAUCCAGGCCAGGUUUUUGGAGUCCCCGUUUCGGGCCAUCCCAAGAUAAUCGCAGCCCUGCCCAUGCAUUUCCCACCACUGUCCUCUUCAGCAACAGUCCUCCACCAACAACAAGAUGCCCAACAACAGGCACAAACCCAGACCUACUCUUCUCCAGUCUAGCGAUGCCCAUAACAACAGAAGAAAUCAUCUCAUCAACCCUCUCCCCAACAACAGCACCUCCCACCAUAACCCCCAGUACUACAUCCUACUCCAUCGAACCUCUCGACACAACCACAGACUCCCGCCCAAACACAACCACAACUCAAAUCCCAGCAUCCACUUCCACAGACCGCUCUAUAUGCCGUGGGAUCUACCACGACCGAACCACCGCUGGCCAGCGUCUCGUCGCGCUAACAGCCGACUGCACACCGGACAUCUACAACUAUGCCAGCAGUGAAAAGAGUAAGCGCGCCGAUGAUGGUCGCUCGAGUACACUGAUGAACGGUGGAUUGGAGUAUACACCUGUUCGGCACACACAUACUCCAAACCCGGCGUUCUCGUUUGGUUUGCUUCAUGAUGAAUUACCUGAGUUUCAUCGUCCGGUUGUGGAGGGUGUGCAUCGGGCGCCAGUUUCGCCGUUGGGGAAUCAGGGUAGUUAUUAG